CCUCACCUCCUUCAGCGUCGGCCACACAAGUAGGAACAGCUCAGGGAAGGAAGGAGCCCAGUUUUUAUCUAGAAGGGCAAGGCUCUGCUCUUCUUGGUAAGAUCAAGAUUGAUGAGACCAGUAAAAUCGCCGCUGUUAUUUGUUUAUCUUCU